AUGAGCGCACCCUCCGAGACCGUUCCACCCACCCCUUCUAGCAGCAGCGCCGUGCCUCCUGUCACACCCAAUAAACCGCCUCACGUCCUAAUUGGUGGUGCUGGUCUGGCUGGCCUUUUCCUCGGCAUCCUUCUAGAGAGAGCUGGGAUCCCCUAUGAGAUCUUCGAACGUUCUGCUGAACCCAGGCAACUUGGUGUUGCCAAUUGUCCUGAUCUGAUUGGGUAUGACCGCGUCAUCUUCUCCCGUCCCGAGCUGCACGACAUGCUAUUCAAGAAGAUUCCCAAGGAAAAGCUCCAUAUGUCAAAUAAGAUGGUUACACUUGACCAAGAUCAGGAUGGCGUUACUAUGACCUUUGACGACAACACCACUGCCCACGGCGACAUCCUUGUCGGAACCGACGAGGCCCACAGUACCGUUCGCCAACACUUGCACAAGACCCUGAAGAAGGACGGCCUUCUCCCCAACACCAUCAUUCAGUUUGGGCUUUCGUCGACAGCAGAUGAAUACGCAGCGUCGUCGGGCUGGACUAAUCAAGAGAACAAGGGGAUGGUGGACGAGUUUCGUGACUUCAAGACCCCCUAUGCUCCUCCGAGUGGCGGUGCAGGUGCAGUAAACGCCAUGCAAGAUCCUGUUCUCCUCGCCAACCAUCUCUAUGACAUCAAUCCCACCAACUUGAAGAACACCAAGACCGUGCUGAGUGACUACAAGAAUGAAAGAUUCGAUGCCAUCAAGGACCAGUAUCCUCAAUCGCAUAUGAGUGCCAAACUCAUCUACGGUCAUACACUCUGGGAGCGAGUUCUCAGAUAUGUCGUGUUCAAUUGGCUCCCUGAAUCGCUCCAGCGCAAGCAAUUGGUUAAGGAUACUGCCUACCGCCCUCAGGCUACCUUUUAA